CAGGCACUACCAUCAUUGUCUUGUGUCUUUUGUUUUCUUCUGUAUUGCGGACGCAUCAGCUACCCAAUCUUUAAGUUAUUCCGUCGGCGUCGUCCCCUUUGCAGCCUUCUGGCGUCAGGAUGAAGGCCACUGUUUACACAGGCCUUUUGGCCGCCCUCACCUAUCCCACUGUCGUCCUCGCUGGAUUGACUCACAACCAGACUGGUCCAUACUUCCUCAGAGUCAGCAUUUCCAAGGACAAGGCCCUAGACGGCCAGUACCUGAUCCCUCUUGUCGUGGAUUCGGAGAUUGUCGGCUUGUACUUUCGCCCAUGGAAGCCCUCCAAGGAGGAAGCAACCUUCUACUUCGACUACACGGUCACUGACGGACGUCCAUCGAAGUCCGGCCUGCUUACACACUGGCCGCAGCAGCACGAUGGAUACGGCAGACGUCUCUGGCACACCAUGUCAUUGGAGCAAGUACAAGGUUCCAACCUUGCGGUGCCUGCCUUCAAUGUAAGUCGCAAGCAUAUUGCAUACCUACUUCUCUUGCUGUCUUGAUCUGCUCUCUCUGCCCCGUCAGUCGCACCUCUGAGUUGUUAACGAAUUCACGUUUAGAAGUU